UACUACAGCCAUUACCCUCACCACCACCCCGAGUUCUCCGUCUGCUCACCGCACCCUCCCCCGGUGCUUCCCGCCCACAGCAUCUUCAACCUCAAGUACUCGGAGCUGCCCGCGUCCGACUACAGCUACUACCUCUAUGGCUUCCAGGACGAGACGGACUUCGAGGAGUUCAAGCAGGACUUGAGGGAUUUUCAGAAACUCAAACGUGACUCGUGCGCGGCUUCGUCAUCAUCGUCGUCGUCAACGUCGGCUUCUUCUUUGUCUUCAGCUGCUGCUGGUGUUGGCGAUAUUCGCGAUAACGGUAGUGGAUGUGGUAGUGGUAGUGGGGAAGUAGAAGCUGAUGAUUUCCUCGACGUGCAGGAAGACCUCGAGUUGAUCUGUCGGCCGAAUAGCGCGUGCAAGAGCAAGAGGAAGAGUCUCGGAGGUAGACGCAGAGAUUUGCUACAGUCCAGUGUGAAUAGUUGCGUGAUCCCUGAACUUACAGUGCCUCCUACUCAAACACAUCCAUCAGGUAUUGAUGUUGGUGUUGGUGGCGGUGGUACACCAGUAAACCCUCCGCAGUGUACGACAGACGUGAAAUGCAGCAGACGUGUGUCUGGGGGCAGUCCACAGUCAAUCCGUAGACCUGUGAGUAAAGUAGUGACCAAGCUACGUCCAGACUCGUUCAGCCUGCGGGCGGACUUUGACCGUAGGAGCGGGCUGUUCGGCUUCGACAGAAGGAGCGGCCUGCGCUCGAGCAUCAAUGACAUUCUCAUGGAGUUUAUGAACGGGGAUGAGCACUUCCAGGAGUUUGAGCGCGUCUACGAGACGAUAAACAGCCGGAGGUAUUCCCGAGACAUGGAUAACAGGAGAAGGUAUUCGUCUCACAGCGGGUCCGGCUCGGAUCUGAAAGGCUGUAACAAUAAUAAUAAUAAUAAGCACAGUAACAAUAACAACAAAAGUUGCAACAGCAUUAACAGUAAUGGAGAGAGAGAAGAAGGAGAUGAAGAAGAAUCGCGGACGGUGUUUCUCAACGACACGUUUGCCGACUUCUUCGAGAACGACGAGGAUUUCCUCGAGUUUGAGAAAGAGUUUGAGAAAUUUCGGCUGAACCGCCGGUCUAAUUUAUUGGGCAGCCUGAGCAGUAUGGGCUCGAGCAAGGACAUCUUCGGCGACGUGAAGUCGUUCUGCAGCAGAUCCAGCACGGGCUCCCUGCUCAGCGUCAACUCGUGCUCCUCCGAGGGCGAGGCUGCCCCGAGUUGUCCGGAAGAGGCCGAGGAGCGAGGGCUGAUGUGGCGGUCCCCGGAGGACUGGGAGAAGAUGCUGAGGAAGAUGAGGCGCAACAGCCGCCUGUUGAUGGAGUCAAAGAGACAAGGCGGCCCCCACAACCGGCACCGGCACUCGCUCUACGGCUUGGCCAACACGAACAGUGGACACGUUUCUGGUGGUGGUGUUAGUGGUGCGGAGAGGUAUCAGAAAACGCAGUCUCUGGCCGAUCUUAGCUCGUAUGAUCUCAACAACGAGUCACCGAAAUACCGACCGUCGUCAUCGUCGUUGUCUUCGUCGUCGGCGAGACCUUGUGAUAGUAGACCCGGGACUCGACCCACGGCUCAGAGGUCGCAGUCCAUCAGUGACGGUCUUCAGAGCUCGACGACCACAGCAGCGGCGGCACCCGAUCGGUCGACGAGGAGCCUGACAUAUCUUGACGUUCAGAGCGACUCGGAUUUGUCGCAGAUCGGCGCGGGUCGUGUCGGUGAUCGUGACCAGCACGCUGUUCUCACGCGCAUGGACAGCGACAGUUGCGGGUCAAUGGACGCCCUGUCCGGCGGGAGCUGUAACGACGAAGAGUGCCAGCAGUGCUCCGCCAGGUUCGACGAGGAGAUCGACGAGGAGGACGAUAACCGCUACUCCUCCAGCUCCACGCUGUGCUCCUCCACCGACGACGACCUCUCGCUCAGCAUCUCCUGCUCGUUCUGCUCGGACCUGCACAUCGAGGAGGACACGGACGAUGACCUCUGCCCAGCCUCCUCCUCCUCCUCCCCCAACGACCCGGCCCGCCUCCGCAGUCAGUCCCUGGUGGAGUUGGGUCAGCACCACCGCGCCCACCAUCAGUCUCGGCCGCUCGCCCACCACCACCACCAUGCCUUCUCGGCGCACGAUCUCAUCCGCUGUGAUAAAUUCCCGGAGACACUCGCAUCCGGGGCGAAAACCCCGCCGUCUUCUCUGUCUACGUCUUCUCUCAACUCUGCUGCUUCUUCUUCUUCUCUGCCUCGGAGAAGGAAUAACUACGACUCAUCAUUAUCGCCGUCUCCAUCAUCAUCAUCAUCUCAUCGUAACUCCAGGUCUUUCUCAGAUCGAGAAUCCACCGAUUCUUUGAACAAUUCUGAAACUCAUGAUGAUAAGUAUCACGCCCAUGGUGCCAAAUACCGCUAUAACGGCGACGUCGUCGAGGGUGACGUCAUCAAAGACGGGAAUGACGGCUUCAAAGACGGGAGUGACGUCACGGCUUCCCCGGCCUCCAGCAGGAGCUCGUCCUCGUGCGCGAUCAGCGCUCGCCUCUCGGACACAGACUCGGAUGCCUAUGACACGGCCAGGUCGGACCUGAGUGACCACUACUCCACCGCCCAGUCGGACCUGUCCGCCGCUCUGUCCAUCUCCUCCGCCCCCUCCGCCCCCACACGCCGGCCGGGCGGGGAAAGAGGAGGCUCGAGCGGCAGCGGUCAGCGAGGUGUACGCUGCUCUCAGAGCUUUGACCUCUCCGGCUUGACCGCCGUCCCGGACGACUCGGGUGUGUCCAGUUACCUGGACGAGUGGACGCGUGGACGUUACGGCACGGGCCAGGAGGUGGAGGAGGAGGAUGAUCAUGUCCAGUUUCUGAGCCGGCACAGCGGCGGGUCCCUGGGGAGUCUGGCUCGCCCACGACGUAGGGAGUAUAAGGGGGAUCGUCGGCGGCCGCACUCGGUCUGCCAGUAUACCUGCCACCAACACUGUCUGCCGGCUGUCAACCUCAACUGCAAGUCCAUCUCGGACGACGGCAUAGAUGUGACGCGGGUGUCAGCGGUUCGAACCCCGAGCCCCUCUGAGCCGCGCUCCUCUCUGGAGACGUCUUUGUCGCUCGGCAACAUUUCAGUCCGGCCGGGCAGCGCCAGGAAUGUCACCAGCAACAGCAACAGCAACGAUGCCUCCAGACUGUCGGAGUAUGUGCCAAAUUCACCUUCCCUUGUCGCGGACCCUGGUCAAGCCCCCAUGCCGGGCGGUAUUGGUGGAGGAGGAGGGAACAGACAGGGCAGUGGCCGACCUACGGGACACUCGCCCAAACUGGCGCGAUCGUCGAGCGAAGGUCAGGUGACCGUUCCUCCUCAUUUUCCAUCCACUUCAUCUGGCGCUGGUGGUGUUUUGGGACAGUCGUCUGCGGCGCCGAGUUCGCAUCAUCAUCCCCUUCUUCAUGGUCAACAACAACAGCAACAACAACAACAACAGCAACAACAACAACAACAACAACAACAACAACAACAUAUCUCUUCGUGUAGUAACACAGACUCUAGUAGUAGUGGGAGCAGCGUGCACGCCAUCCCUCCUGCCUCCUCCUCCUCCUCACAGCCCUCCCCUCAGCCGGCUAUAGCGGAGGAGGAUCAUGUCUCACCCUCUCAACAACAGUCUGUGGCUCUCCCCGGCAGUGGUGAUGAGGAUGGACAUAUAGUGGACGGAGAAGUGACAACCAUGGCGAAAGAGCUGAUUGCCUCUGAAAAGGACGAGACAGACAGCGGCUAUCGGUCAGGCACCAUCCCAGACGAGAAGCUGCCCAAAGUGCCCAGCCAGGCCACGCUGGAUCGUCAAGAACUGAAGAGGAAAAUCGCAAAGUUCAACCAUUUUGUCCCUGCUGCUAGUCUGGAAGCGACUGGCAAAGAAUCAUUCCAAGGCUUCCUGAAAGUGACCAUGAACCUCAUCCGACCAAUUACGAUGGAGCUAGGUGCCCGACCGCCCUCCAUCUACGAGUUGCUGACGCGGGAGCACAUCAUUGACGAGAACACGCAGCAGGUCGCGUUCUACAUGCCCCGCGACACGCACAAGUCCUUACACAUUACCAGUGAUACAACAACUAAAGAAGUGGUGACCACGUUGCUGAAAAAGUUCCACAUUCUGGAUCACCCGCGGAAGUUUGCCAUGUACGAGCAGGAGUUCAGCGACAAGAAUAAGCUGGUGCGACUGCGGCGACUGACUGACAAAGACUUUCCCAUCCGAGGCCUCCUGAACUGGGACCCGGAGAGAAUCCGCAACUACCGGAUGGUUCUGCAGGAGAACGAGACGGGCGAGAUUGUGUGGGACGCGUUCAGCCUGCCUGAGCUGGGCAACUUCCUGAAGGUUCUGGACCGGGAGGAGAAGGAGACGAUCCUGGAGCUGCGGCACAAGUACGCCUACAUGAGGCAGAUCAUGGAGAAGAGGCUGGUGGAGAUACGCAACAGCCGCAAGCAGCAGCAGCAGCAGGCCAAGAGUAAAGCUUAGUGCUUGUUGAUUGACUGGUUCCGCCUUCUGGAUAAAAGACUUUUAUACCAGAGCUAAACUUGGGUAUAGCCGCAAGAAGCAACAACAGCUGCAAGCAGCUUAAGGCCAGGAGUAAAGCUUGACCGUAGUUGACUGGUUCUGUCUUCUGGAUAAAAGACUUGUAUACCAGAGCUAAACUUGGGUCUGGCUGCAAGCAGCAACAACAGGCCAAGAAUAAGAGAAAAAAGCUUAGCGGUUGUUGAUUGAUGGGUGUCUUCUUCAGGAUUAAAGACUUGUAUACCAGAGCUCUAAACUUGGGUUGUGCCACAAGCACCAAUUAUAGGCCAAGAAUAAGAGAAUACAGCUUAGCGGUAGUUGAUUCACGGGAUCCACCUUCAGUCUGAGUCUAAACCUGAGUAUAACUCUGCCUGAACUAGUCCGUGCACCCGUGUAUUUCUCAGCUCAUGCUGGGAUAUGUCUACAUUUUGUCAGCAAGUUGUUCAACUAUUCUAAGCCUAGAAAGCAAAAUUUUUCUGGGGAGAGAAAAAACUUGUUUCCAUUCUUUUACGAGUUGUACCUGCAUUAUAUUUUCCUUACUUUUUUCAAUAUUUAGAAUUUGAAUUUUGACCAAAUAUAUAUUUUUUAAAAUUCAAAAUUUUGGGCUUAGCACAUCUUAACAGCCGGCCGACAAUAUAUACAGCUGUCAGCCUGAGAGAGCUCAGGUGCACGGUUCUCCCAGGCUCGGGGGACGAGGACUCAAAGGGUUAGAGUUAGACUUUAUAGCACAGCCUGGAAUUACCAGUGGAUGGACACACAACUCUCAAAUUUUUUUUGUUUGUCUCUAACUCAGGACUGAACCCAUUGUUUGAUUUGACCAUUUUUUUUUUUUACGGUAAGCAAUGAAAGUAUCUUCCCUCCUUCCCCUAUUUUGCUACUGCGCAUAAUUUUGUUAGAUACUCAGUUUUCAUUUGAAACAGUCGUAUAUAUUUUGGCCGCUAAGAGACUCUGAUAAAUACUAAUUAUUGUUAGGCUUGUACAAAAAUUGUACAAAAAUAUGUACCUUUAAAGUUUGUUUCCUAAACUGUCGGGUUUAUAUAACUGAAUAUUCGUUGGCGUGCUGCAAAAAUGAAAGAGAUGAGGAUGAUGAUAACAAAGUGUUCUUUCUUAAUCUUAGUUUGAAGAGAUUUCGCUUACACAGCUGCAAGCAAGCACCUGUGUUUACCAAUGCGUUUGUUGUGUUGAAAGAUUUCAGCUGAAUAAUUGCGGUCUGCUGAUUUUCAAGUGUUGUUGUGUCUGCUCUGGAGCAGUCCUGUGUGGUAGCACGUUGUUGCUGAUGGCCUGUAUGGUAGCAUGUUGUUGCUGCUGGCCUGUGUGGUAGCACGUUGUUGCUGCUGGCCUGUAUGGUAACACGUUGUUGCUGAUGGCCUGUGUCUCUUCUCCCUGUGAUGUUAACCCCACAACUACCUUCACUGUACCACAGGCAGUCGCACGUCUCAGCAUUAUUCUUUUUGCCUUCAAUACUUACUUACUUACCUACCAGGUGAUGCUACUACUACUACAUAGCCCAGAGUUUUUGUUGAAAUAGAAGAUAUUAUCAUGGAUUUUACUUAAGCGUAACUAGAUCUUUGGUUGUUUUUUUCUCCAGUUUGUUUUGGUUGUUGUUUUUUUCAGUUUGUUUUGAUUUGGUUUUUUUGCCUCGAAAAUUUGUGCUUUAAAAGAGAGUGCUACGUUUGCUUGACUUGGGUGAGAGUGAGAACAGUCCUUGAAGAUUCCGUGACACUUUUUGUCUGCUAACACAAAGUGUCGUGUUUGUGAACUGGAUAAAAGUAAAGUGUAACCCCCUCAUCCGUCCUCCUCCCUUGUCUAAGGGAUCCAAGUCUGCAACUUCCCCUUCCUGUUAGACAUGGCUUUGACCCACUGUGACCCCUAUGGUGGCCUUGGUUGGAUGUUGCACAUCAGGUCAAGCAGUUGGAAAUUGGGUGGGCAUGGGAUGGGGAUGGGGUGGGGAUAUACUUUACUUUUCCUGAGAAUAUCACAGUUCGGCCUCACAUUCAGUUUGGGUCGUGCUGUUUUCUUUGUUCACGGCGUGUUUGCCACCCCGGGGAUGUUUUUACUGAGUGUACAACAAGUGAAUGCAUUCUUGCAGCUAGAGUGGUCUACUUUGGAAGAUAUAUCCGAUGUUGGAUCUUAUCAAUUGUUGUAGUUUGUAGGCCUUUGGUGAAAAGUUUUCAUUUAUUUUGCAUGAUCUUUUCGUCUCACUUUGCUUGAAUUUAUACCUUAUGUCUAAAAAACUCCCCAAAAACAAACAAAAUUGCGCGCGAGUUUUUAAAGUGUAAAUAUAUAGUAAGUGAAGAGUGCAAAUUAUUUGACAAGAUUUUUAGUUAGAAGUGUGGGGGAUAUCAGUUGGUGAUAGUUUAUGCAAACUGUAUCUGUGUGUCUGUACUUUGAACUUUUGUGUUCAAGAUAAAAAAGACAAAAGAUUGAGACGUCAGGUCUAUCUCCUUGACAGUAUGUAGAAGUGGGUUAUACCACAGUGAGGUUUGUGGAUGUUAAGAAAGGAUCCUUAGGCUACAGAUCAGGGCACCAGAAAUUUUCCUGUGUAGUUGGCUUUACGUGCUCUGCUUGAGGAACUGAUAUCAUCAGAAAGCUGUUCAACUGUUUUAAGCCCAGAAAGCAACAUUUUUUCAAGAGAAAAAAAAAAGCUUAAUUCUUUUGACAACUGUACGUGUAUUAUGGAUCUUUAAAAAAAAAUUUUUCUUCUAAAACUCAAACAUUUAGCAUUAAAAUUUUUACCAAAUAUUUCUGGAGUGUAUGCCAUUGAAUUGAUAGAUUACGAGAUUGCAACAAGAAACAUUUUUUUUUUCUCCAAAAUUUUGGGCUUAAUACAUCUGAACUGGCUGACGAUAUUCUCCUCUGUCUUUUUAAUGUAGUUUGUUUUAACGAAGGAUUUGGUUCAUUUUUGCUCUGCAUUUCAUUUGUUCUAUCUGUGGAGAACACUUGCCUAUUGCCCAGUGCCCCAUGCUCAGUUCUCAGUUCCCAGUGUCCCAAUAUAACAGGGGAAUCCGCUUAAACUGAAAGUGGUUAAUCCGAAAACAGCGGUAAAUGGAAAGAAAAUAAAAUCUACGUUUUUUUUUUUCUCUUCUAAUUGAGCAACAUCUCUGAACUGAAGACGCGGCUAAACCGAAAAAAA